CCCACCGUUCAGUUGCGAUUCGGAGUCCGUAACGUUGACUUCGUUUUGCUUUCUUUUUGUUCUACUCUCAUUUAUCGUCACGUCUUUCAAAUGUCACUGACGAGAAUAGAGUACACUUAACAAAAAAAACUUGAUAAAGUAAAAAAAUCAAACAAAAAAAAAAAGAGUUUUGGAAAAUUAUUUUUUCCAGUGUUGUGUGUUUUUUUUUUGGGUUUUGGUGCCUAAUAGUGAUUCGCAGAAAUUAAGAGGAUAUAUAUAUAUAUAUGUAUGAGGUUUCAGUGUAAAACGUUUUUUGUUGGAUUAUCCAGUUAAUUUGUGUGAUAUUUCUUUUUGGUGUGUACAUGUGUUAAUAGGAAAAAAAAAGUUUUUUUGUGACACAAAUUUGGAAUAAUUUUUUAUAAUACCUGUUUCGUCAAGAUGCUGACUUCUAGCGCAAAUCAGUAUCUUCGUCCAGAAUAUCUUACACCUCUACCAACGACAUUGGACGCAAAGAAGAGUCCACUCGCCCUCCUUGCGCAGACAUGCAGCCAAAUAGGAGCCGACCCACCAUCCAGUAAAUCCCUAUUGACCCCAAUGGAUAAAAGCAGCAAAUCGUCUAAAUCCUCUGAACAGUCUCGAGAGAAAUCCUCCCCAAUCUCCGUUACAGCGUCCGAUUCCUUAAGAUCAAGCUUUAAGCCCUAUGAGUCUUGUUUGGGACGGGAGAAAGCAUCAAGCCCCGAGGAGCAAAGAGCAGCAUCAAGUCAUUCGGCGUCCGGUAGAGCAAGAACACCGGCAAACAGUAAACGAUGCUCCAGUAACCAAAGCGCCUCAUCGGCAAGGGCAGCAACGCCACAGGGUCGUAGAACCGCCACACCAAACGGUGACUCAAGGGAAUCACCCUCCUCAAGAACAGCAGCAAUCUCCGGCUCUUCACUAUCCACAUCGGAUCCACAAACAUCAUCAGCAAGUCCCUCAUUGCAAUCGAAACCCUCCUACAGUCCCGCUGGUAUGCUAGCAAUGACGGAUCCAUCCAUCAAGGAUCUACCACUCGGCACUUUCAAAGCCGGUUCAACACUACCAAUCUCAACCUCCGGCUAUCUUGGCUAUCAUUCCCAAUUACCCAUUGACGUUAUGGCAAGCUCUCUCAUGUCUCAACAUCACGCAGCGGCAGCUCUCAAAAAUGGCCUAGCAGCAAAUCCCUACCUCAGCUAUGCUCGAAUGAAAACAUCAACAGGCGCCGAUACCUUAGUACCAGUUUGUCGCGAUCCCUAUUGUACCGGUUGUCAAUUUAAUUCACAUUUUCUCGCCACAUCGACGGCAAAUGUAAAAAUACCAACAUCAACAGCCAAUGGUGGUUCAUGUCCAGCUGGUUGUACUCAAUGUGAUCAUAAAUCAUCACCUUAUGGACCAUUGGGACAUACACCGGCAGCUGCUGCCUAUGCACAUGCCCAAUUGGCAGCACUUGCUGCUGCAUCACAACUUCCAUAUGUCUGUAAUUGGAUAGCUGGUGAUACGGCAUAUUGUGGCAAAAGGUUUGGUACAUCUGAGGAAUUAUUACAACAUCUUAGAAGUCAUACCAGUGUAUCAACUGGUGAUCCUAGUGCAGCAGCGGCAGCACUUUCACUAUUAACACCAUCGGGAUUACCACCAACACAUCCUCUAUUGUCAAGGACAUAUCCAACACCACCGCUCAGUCCAUUGGCAACGGCACGUUAUCAUCCCUAUGGAAAGCCUUCAAAUUUUCUACCACCAUCAUUGUCGUCGUUAAAUCUACCUCUACAACCACCUCAUCCUCAUCCAGCAGCCGGACUGCCACCUUAUUUUUCACCAUAUUCACUUUACGGUGGACCACGUCUUGGUGCCACAUCCGGUAUGCAUCCUUAAAGUGCAAAACCAAACAUAAAGACUGUCAAAAUAUGUUUCAAUAUACUUUACGGAUUUAACUAUCUGCCUCCCGUUGUCAUUGUUGAGUGAACUGAGUUUGUGUUUAGUGGAAUUCCAAAAAGAACCUAAUCGUAGUUCAUUAUGGACCUUUUGUACUGUUGUACAUAAGUACUUCUGUAUUCUAUUUUUGGAUACAAAAGAUCAAAAUUAAUAAGUCCAAGCCAAAAGGAUGAAAAGUUCGAAGUCCACUAAGGACAAAAUAAAAAUCUUAAAAGAUCCAAAAGGGGAAAAAAUUAAGAGCCAGUUUCACCAACUCCAGUUAAAAGUUAAUCAGCUAAAGCCAAUUUAAUCAUGAUUUGUCGGUUAGGGAUUUAAUUGCUGAUUAACUUUUAAUCGGACUUGGUGAAAUAAAGUUUAAAUAAUCGAAUUAUGUAUUCAAUUCUCUUUUUUCAUUUAAAAUUGUUGCUUUUUCGAACAUUCUGUUUUUUUGGAUCUUUUACAAUUUUGGCUCUCUUGAUUGGACCUUUUGUCUUCGAUCUUUUGUAUCCCAUUUACUCGCACGAAUUGAGAACGCUGUGCGCGCACAUCUGAAUAGUGGGGGAUAGUGAACGGUGAUUGGUUCCCCCAUAUCCUCGUUACUUUUGCGCGCAGCUUUCUCAAUUAGGCCCACUCUACAAUUGAGAAACAUUAACAACGCUUUGCAAUUUUCUUUCUUUAAAAUCUUUUACAAAUUAAAAAAAAAUCAUAUCUUUAAAAUCAUUUGGGACAAAAGCACAUAAAAUUUUUUCAUUCAAAAAAAAUAUUUUUUCUAAAAAAUCGUUGAUUAUAAACGUAAAUUUCGGUGUAAAAUAAAUGCAUAAAAACCAAUUUUUUAAAAAUUUUAACAUCCAAAUAAAGCAUAUUGAAAUAUUUUUUGAAAGUUAAAACUAAAGGAAUAGGCUGAACCGCAACUUGCGUGAGUUUUUUUAACUGUGAUUUCCGAGUGUGAACGCUUCUUUUCCUCUUGUUAUAUUGAAAGAAAGAAAGAGAGAGAGAGAUGAUGAUUUUAUUAAAAAACAUCAUAUAUUAUAUAGCUGUGAGGGAAAAGAAACGAGCGUGCCUGAUGAUAAAUCUAAUUAAUGUUCCUUCAUGAACAUAUAUAUACGAAAAGCUCGAGCGAAAUUAUACUUGGAAGAUCAUUCGGACAAGUGAUAUACAUAAGUCGAUAUUUCUUAUUGAGAUUAGUAUAUAAUCAUUGUGAUGUUUGCAAAGUUAAUUGUUGCUUUUUUUCAUAUUUAGUUAAAUAUUUAUUAUAAUUGAUAAUAAUUAUAAUGAUAAACUUAUAAUCUAUAAUUAUAAUUCAUAAUUAUAAUUUAUAAUUAUAAAUUAUAAUGAUAAUUUGUAAUUAUAAUUCAUAAUUAUAAUUUAGUUUUUCAAAAUUAAAAAAAUAUAUAUAUAGUCAAAUUUCAAUUUUUAUAUAUAAUAUAAAAUUUUUUAAUAUUUUUCUGAAUAUCAUUAUUUAUAAAGAAAAAAAAAGAAAAACUAAAAUUCAGAAGCAGAGUAUUUUCAUAUAGAAUUUUUCGAGAUUAUUAUUUUUUUUUUUAAAUAUAUAGUUUCAAUAAUAAUUUUGCUCCGCUGCUAAACAUAUUUCUACACGAUAACAAUUUUGCGGUGACAGUAGCAUAUAUACUCUUUUAUCUGACAAUUGAUGACUUUUGCACUCGAGCGACUUCGCUUAUGAUUCACAAGCGGUCAACUCUAAAGACUCUAAUAUAUAUAUGUAUAUAUAUGUUUCAUUGUUUAAAAAUCAUGUGUAAAUUUUUGAACGUUUAAAUGAACAAAAAAAAAUUUUUUUAAUUUUAUUUAAAUAUUACUUUCUGUAGCUACAAAUAAAUAAUUAAAAAUAUUUAUUGUCCUUUUUUUUAAUAAAAAAGGUAAUAAAAAUUUAAUUAAACAAAAAAAAUUUUUUUCAUUCAUUGAAAUGUUCAAAAUUUUAGACACAAUUAAAAAUCAACAACACUGUGUAAUUUUCUUUAAAUUUUGUGUUAAACACAAAAACUAAAAUUUUUUUUCGCAAUAACUAUUUUCAAUUCUUCUCUCACUUACAUAUAUAUAUAUACUACAGAUGUAAAAUUUCAUGAAACUUAAUUUUUCAAUAUGUUUAAAUUUUACGGUAAAUUGAUAAAAGAAAAAAAAAAAUUGUGAUAAAUUUUAUUUGUUAUGUAAAAUUUUAAUUGAAGGCAUAAGAAAUUACAUUUUGAAAUAUUGAGAUUGAUGAAAUUCCAUUUGAAAAAAAGAAAAACAAAAAAAAAAAUUGUUCGGUAAAUAAUUAAGCGUUUAUGUGUGUAUAAGAGUAAAAGUCACCUGUACGUCAAUCAAGAAGCACAUCAACGUCAAAGAAAACACUAAAAUGUCUUUUAUAGAAAGUUAAGAGAACUUUGCCAUCCAUUGAUUUACAGUCAACAUUGGCCCAGUUUUAGUUUCUCGUUGAUAUAUUAUUUACGCAAGUCUAUAUAUUGAUGUGUGAUAUUGAGCAAAUUAAACGAGUUCAUCAAAGUGUAAAAAAAUAUUUUUUAUUUGUUUAAAUUUAACGUUCUUUUUUUAUUGUUUAAUUUUUUAGACGGAGCCCGCAACAAUUACAUAAAAUUUUUUGAUUUUAAUUAAAUCAAUUAUAGAGUAAAGGGAAAAUACAUAAUUUUUUUUUUGAGGUUAUGUUACUGAAAAAUACCCUAUUGCUAGGAUAAUAUUCCCUUUGAGAAAAUUUCACAUUUAAAAUAACAAAGAAGUUGUUAAUUAUGAAGGAGAUUCCACAAUAAAUUGAAUUGGCAUUGUUUUUGUUUUGACUUACCGAGUUAUGUAAAAACGAUGCGCGCGCGCACCAUUUUUACAUAACUCGGUAAGUCAAAAACCAAAGCGAUGCCAAUUCAAUAUAUUGUGGACUCUCCUUGAUGUAAAAUGUCAAAGGAACAGAUGAAAAUUUCCAACUAACAUAACCUCAAAAAAUAAUUGCCAACUUAAAAUAAUAAAUAGUUGACUGAAAUCAAGUACAUAUUUAUGCGUUCACUUUAUAUAAAAGUAAAAAAUAAA